GUCGCCGCAGCCGCAGUCGCGGGGAAUCGCGGGACGGCGACGGAUGCGCUUCGUGCGGCUCGCGGCUCGAUUUCGGUCGCCAGUGGUUUAUCGCGCUCGGGAAGAAAACGAAGUGUCGCCUUUAUCUCUCCGUGAACACACAUCAACACAGUGCGCUUGUUCUCGGCCUUUCACGUGGCUCGAUUAUUCACCUCGCAGGAAUUUAGCGCAAGGAAUUUCACUUUCCCACGAAGUUACACGUCCUCCGGAGGGGGAGGGGGGCGAGAGAAGAGGAAAGGAGUGUGCGCGAAAACCGGGAAAGAAGCGCGGUUUAUAUAUAAUUAAAGUAUUCUUAAAAGCGUCGCCGUCGUCGAGUCUUGGCGCGAGGUCGGUCGUUGCACUUCCGACCGGCGUGCUCGCGCACGACACGACCCUUGCACCUCGUCUGGUCUAUUCUUCCUCAGGUCGCGAGCAAGUACGAGGCGAUGUUACGCUGCGAACGCGAGCGAGACGGCAGUGUCGUGCGAAGCGGGUGUCGCUCGUCGUCCGGGAAGAGCGCGAGACGAUUCGCGAAGUGAGGGAGUUCUUCUCACCGAGACUCCGUUCUUAGAAGGCUUCGAACCCGUAAGCCGGCAGCAGAACAUGAUCUUCACCGGCAGAUCCGUGGACGCUCUCGACGAGGUGCGCGCUAAUUCGCGUGCAGCAGCAGGUGGUGGUGGUGGUGUCAAUGUCGUCGUCGGCGGAGGACGACGGGAUGCAAGCGCGGUCGCGAUCGCCGCCGGUUGGUUCUCCAGCUUGCGGAGACCCGGCAAGAAGGGCAAGAAGAACCUGAACCAGAAGCAGGCUAAGAGCGCCUGGGAUCUCAGCGUCUUGUCCGCCACGCAACUGAAAGAUGAAUUGGGCGAGGUUGUCGCAGAAAUGGAGGCGAUGGAGGGCGGCGGACUUACGGCCGACGAGACGAAACCGUCCAACAAGGCCAAGCAAACGUCGAUCGGUCGCAAGAAAUUCAAUAUGGAUCCCAAAAAGGGCAUCGAGUACCUGAUAGAACACAACCUGUUGGCGCCGACGCCGGAAGACGUCGCUCAGUUUCUUUACAAGGGCGAGGGUCUCAACAAAACCGCGAUUGGCGAUUAUCUUGGUGAACGGCACGAUUUCAACGAGCGGGUGCUACGAGCCUUCGUCGAGUUACACGAUUUCACCGAUCUCAUAUUGGUGCAGGCCCUACGUCAGUUCCUCUGGUCGUUCAGGUUGCCCGGCGAGGCGCAGAAGAUCGAUCGCAUGAUGGAGUGUUUCGCCCAAAGGUACUGCCAGCUUAACCCGAAUAUCUUCACCAACACGGACACCUGCUACGUGUUGAGCUUCGCCAUCAUCAUGUUGAAUACUUCGUUACAUAAUCCGAGCGUUAAGGAUAAGCCGAGCGUGGAGCAGUUUAUUUCAAUGAACCGAGGAAUUAAUAACGGGGGAGACCUGCCGCGAGAGUUGCUUGUGAGUCUGUACGAGAGUAUAAAAACCGAGCCUUUCAAAAUACCGGAAGACGAUGGUAACGACUUGAUGCACACCUUCUUCAAUCCCGAUAAAGAGGGUUGGCUGUGGAAGCAAGCAGGCGGACGAUACAAGAGUUGGAAGAGGCGAUGGUUCAUAUUGAAUGACAAUUGUUUAUACUAUUUCGAAUAUACGACGGACAAGGAACCACGUGGCAUCAUUCCGUUAGAGAACAUUCAGGUUCGAGAAAUUCAGGAUCGGCAUAAACCGCACUGUUUCGAAUUGUAUGCCGCUGGUUCCGAGUUUAUAAAGGCGUGCAAGACUGACAGCGAGGGAAAAGUCGUUGAAGGAAAACAUACUGUGUACAGAAUGUCCGCAGCUACCGACGAAGAAAAGGACGAAUGGAUCAAAUGUGUGCGGCAAAGUAUAUCGCACAAUCCCUUUUAUGACAUGCUGGCGGCGCGAAAGAAGAAGGCACAGAAAACCAAUGUACAUUCGAAGAGUUAAACGCUGCCACAAGCCGGAGUUCUCGGCGUAUUAGAAGACUGUUUAUUCGCGAUCCAACGUUACGUGACAUGUAUGGUAUCGUCGAAUACAAAUAAACCACUUACAAUGGCGAAAAUUCAUUGUAAGAACACCGCCGAAAGCGUUGUAAGACAUGCCGGUAGAAACUAGACACUAGACAUGACACGAAAUAUCGUGGUAGUUCAAAUUACGAAUGCAUAUAUAGAAUACGACAUUAACAUGGCAUCGUUCGUAGACUGAGUACGGAAUAUAGAAUCAGGACGACGAUGUCCCUCGAGUGCAAGAUAGAUAGCUAGAUGAAAAUUACAUCGACGAGAGCGCAUAAGGGUAAUGUACUAUAACGCGUUGUUACAACAUGACGCUCGAUCAGCAUGAUAUCGUUACGGAAAGGAUUUUGCACUACAGAGGCCUAGCCAUCACUUUACAUAGACUGCUUCUAUACUUUUUUUCACAAAAGAAAAUAGAACAGUAAUCGUUUCUCUCGCAUAUGUUGGAAAAAUCAGUCUUUAUAGUAAACAAUAACUAUAUCGCCGAUCAAUGGAUACCAAAAUGAUAUAUAUAAUAUAUGCGAGUAGAUAAAAAUAUUAGAGUUUAUUUAAUAUUCUAUACUUUGCUGAAAAAAAAAUAAUGUGAAGAAUAGUAGUUGCACAAAAUACUUUUUAACGUUCAUAGCGCUAUAUCCAACAAUAUAUCAUGUUUUAACGCAAAUUGUGCGAAAAGUUGUAGCAA